AUGCCUCAAAAACAAAAGAAAAGAUCCAGGAAACUAAAUAAGGAAAGUGAUUCUACACAAUUAAAGGUUGAUGACAAUAAAGUGAAUAAUGAAUCAAAAAAAGGCACUUCCCAUAAUCCUCUCGAUGCCUUAUCCGAUAAAUUCAUUAAUUUAAAUGAUUUGCAGCAAAAGAAUAAAGGCAUCCUUCCACAAAAAGGAAUAUUAGAGUUAGAACUCGAAGCGUUAGUGUUUGAAGACCUUUACAAACCGGAGAGUGAAAUAAAUCUCAAUACUAGGCAAUUGGAUAAUACGACAAAACAAGAAAAAUUAUCUAGUGAAGACGAGGAGGAGUCUGAAGCGGACAAAGACGACAUGCCCUCACAUGUUUUCGAUACCACACCGCCGGUUCCCUACUCUAUCGAUACUUUACCUGAAACACGCGUAAAUAAUGAUGAAAGUAUCAAUUUGGAAGAAAUCGAUCAAGUUACCUCUCAAGGAGGAAUUGAAAGCGUAUGGCAAGAUUCCGAUGACGAAAAUGUCACCGUAUCUUUAAAAAGUAAAAAUAUGUUGAAAAAAUUGAGGAUGACUGAAGAUGAUGAUUUAAUAUCCGGGGAUCAAUAUGAAAAGAGAUUGAGAAACCAAUUUGAGAAACUUCAUCCAACACCAAAUUGGGCUGUCGUGCCUUCAAAACGUAAAAGACAAACGGACAAUGAAAGGAUGGAAGAUUCUGACAAAGACUUAUCUGAGAUAGAUGAUGUAGCAGAAUCAGGCAAAAACAAGUGGAAAUUAAAGGCAAAAAGGCUUGAAAUUUAUCGGGUGAAAGAUGCCAAUCAAGCAGCAUAUUCACAGUGUGUAAUACAAUCAUUGAAGUUUCAUCCAAAUUCACAAGUAUUGAUGACCGCGGGAAUAGAUAAGACAAUAAAAUUAUUCCAGAUUGACGGCGUUAAAAACCCGAAAAUUCAAUCGGUAUUUUUCAAUGAUUUGCCAAUUUUAAAAGCAGAAUUUAAUCCAAGUGGUUCGGAAAUCAUUGCAACCGGGCGACGGAAGUAUUUUUAUAUUUAUAACAUCGAGGCGGGAAAUGUAGAUAGAUCUCAAGGAAUAUUUGGAUCGGAAGAUAAAAGUCUUGAAAACUUUUCGAUAUCCCCUUGCGGAAAAUAUAUUGUAUUUGUAGGGAACAAUGGUUAUUUAACUUUAGUUAGCUAUCAAACGAAACAAUGGGUUGGUAAAUUUAAAAUGAAUGGCUCCGCCAAUUCGGUUGCUUGGUCCAGUGAUAGCAAGUAUUUGUUUUCAGUUAGCGGUGACGCAGCAGUUUAUCAAUGGGAUGUAGGUGAACGAAAAUCUGUGCAUUACUUCAUGGAUGAAGGUGGGUAUAACCCCAAGAAAAUUGCAAUCUCCAGCAAUAAUAAUUUAUUUGCCAUCGGUUCGCAUUCCGGUAUUGUUAACGUUUAUGAUGGAUCUUGUUUGUCUUCAACAAAUCCAAAGCCUAAGAAAUCUAUAAUGAACCUAACAACAAGCGUCCACGACAUGAAAUUCAAUCAUGACACUCAGAUCCUUGGAAUCUCGAGCCAUUCUAAGCGAGAACAGUUAAAAAUGGUUCAUUUACCUUCAUUCAACGUGUUUCCAAAUUGGCCAAAUUUGUCAAAUCCUUUGGGUAUUGUUAAAUGCUUUGAUUUUUCCCCAAAUAGCGGUUAUCUUGCUAUAGGUAAUGAAAAGGGUAAAGCACUUUUAUAUAAGCUGCGUUCUUAUCCAAAUGCAUAA